CCCUAAUCUAAUGCUGCUGCUCUUUCAGUCUUAAGAGGACAUUCUCAGAGGCAGUCAAAAGAGAAAGCGAGAGAGAAAAGGGUUUGGUCAAGAAAAUAAAAAGCUCGCUUUUUUCUUCUUGUUUUGUCUGGUUUUGAUUCUUCAAUGGCGUUGUAUCUUCUAUACGAGUCAGCUUCUGGGUACGCGCUGUUCCUCGCUCACGGCCUCGAUGAGAUCGGUCAGAACACCGAGGCGGUCAGGAACUCGGUGUCGGACCUAAACCGUUUCGGGAAGGUCGUGCAGCUAGCCGCUUUUCACCCUUUCGAAUCUGCCCUCGACGCCCUCAACCAGUGUAACGCCAUCUCCGAAGGGCUUAUGACUGAUGAGUUGAGAAGCUUUUUGGAGCUUAAUCUCCCAAAAGUCAAGGAAGGUAAGAAGUUAAAGUUCAGAUUAGGAGUAGUGGACACUAAGGUUGGGUCACAUAUCCAUGAAGUGACUAAAAUUCCAUGUGAAAGUGGCGACUUUAUUCACGAGCUUCUUCGUGGUGUGCGGCUACAUUUUGAUAGGUUUUUAAAGGACCUAAAGACUGGAGACUUGGAAAAGGCCCAACUUGGUCUGGGACACAGUUACAGCAGGGCAAAAGUGAAGUUCAAUGUUAACCGUGUCGACAAUAUGGUGAUUCAAGCAAUCUUCCUUCUCGAUACUCUUGAUAAGGAUGUCAAUUCCUUCUCAAUGCGAGUCAGAGAAUGGUACUCGUGGCAUUUUCCUGAAUUGGUGAAGAUUGUCAGCGACAACUAUUUAUAUGCCAAAGUUGCAAAAUACAUAGAGGAUAAGUCAAAGUUGUCUGACGAAAGUAUCCCAGGCUUGACAGAGGUAGUUGGAGAUGAAGAUAAAGCAAAGGAGAUUGUAGAUGCUGCCAAGGCUUCCAUGGGACAGGAUUUGUCUCCAAUUGACUUGAUAAACGUCCACCAAUUUGCACAGAGGGUAAUGGACCUAUCUGAGUAUAGGAGGAAGCUUUAUGAUUAUCUGGUUUCGAAGAUGAAUGACAUUGCACCAAAUUUGGCCUCUUUAAUUGGUGAAGUUGUUGGUGCUCGUUUGAUUUCUCAUGCUGGUAGUCUCACGAAUUUGGCCAAGUGCCCAGCUUCUACCCUUCAGAUCCUUGGCGCAGAGAAGGCACUCUUCAGGGCAUUGAAAACAAGAGGAAACACACCCAAGUAUGGUCUGAUAUUCCAUUCGUCUUUCAUUGGUCGAGCAUCUGCAAAGAACAAAGGCAGAAUGGCACGUUUUCUUGCAAACAAGUGUUCUAUUGCAUCGCGCAUUGACUGCUUUGCAGAUAAGGCAACUACUGUUUUUGGUGAGAAACUUAGGCAACAAGUUGAGGAGCGACUUGACUUUUAUGACAAGGGAGUUGCACCUCGCAAAAAUAUUGAUGUGAUGAAAGAUGCAAUUGAAAGUGCAGAAAGUAAAGAUACAGAGAUGGAAACCGAAGAAGUUCACGUGGAAGCUUCAGGAAAGAAAAACAAGAAAAAGAAAUCAAAAGGUGCAGCUGCAGAGAAUGGUGAGCCUGCUGCUGAUGAUAACCCAACUGCUGUUGCAAAUGGUGAAGCCCUGGAGGAUUCUAAGUCUGAAAAGAAGAAGAAAAAGAAGGAGAAACGCAGAAUGGAUCAGGAGCUGGAGCUACAGGAUGGCCAGAAUGCGGAGCAGGAUGGAACAGCUAAGAAGAAGAAAAAGAAGAGCAAGGAUGCAAAUGGAGAGGACCUGCAGUCUGCCGAUGGUAAGAAGAAAAAGAAGAAGUCAAGAAAUGAAGAUGCUGAGUGAACUUGAGAGCUUUGCACAUGCUGCACUCUGUGUUGACCCAAUUUUGUGUUUAAGACCAGUAUCCUGUGUUUUUCCUUUUGACAUUUGAGGAUGAUUAUUGUAGUAGGAAACUGCUCUAUUUAUAUCUGCUAUUCUGGUUGACAAUGUUUCUACUCGGUAUAUAUCCAUAUUUUCUCGGUGUUUUUA